GAAGUAAGAUUUCACUGCAAAUCUGUAACCGCGAGCCAAUAAGAGCUCAGUUUGUUGCUGCGCGAUAUAUCCGUUCUUUUGUCCGCGGUGUGCUUGUGUCGUGUGUCGUGCCGGUCGUGUCGUGCAUCGUUCGUCGUACGUCGUAACUGAUACAAGUUACAACACGUUAGCUGCUAUCCGUCCGCAUUGUCCGCAACGAUCGACGGUAUUUGAUAAAAAGAUCGAAGGCUCCUCUUUCCUUUUACUCAAUGCACAGGAUUUAAAUGAUAUGAAAAUAAAGAAAGGACCAGCAAAAAAGAUUUUAAAAUUUCUUGAGGAAUGUUCUCAAACUUCUUCUGGGGUUGCUAAACGUGUGGAGCAACUAUUGGAUACAGAAGAAAAAAUAGAAAUUGUUGGACAACUAGGAGAAAUUAUUUUACCUGCAAAUAUUGACUCUGAAAAUUGGACAACAAUUGCUGAAAUACCAUCUACCAGCAGCAAUAUUGCUUCAGUUACAACUGCAACUUUUAAUGAAGAAAUAUCUAUACCCAAAGAAUCUUUUUUGCGUUUCACAACUGUUCGUAAGACGCUUCUACAUCAUCCGCAAGGUGCUAACGUUUCGGCAGCUGCAGAAGACAUAUUUACAGAAAGUCAUAGACGAAGCCUUAUAAGAAUAGUAACUUCUGAAUUAGUAAAAACACACAAAGUUAACUACUAUCCACCUGAAGAAGCCAAAGUAGCUCUUGCCGAAAGUAUUGUAACAGAAUUUCCAAAAUUACGUGACCCCGAAACAACUAAAGGAUAUGAACUUUACUAUGAUCCAUUUAGUAAAAGAGGUUUUAUUGAAUAUCGUCUUUGGACAAUUAGAAAAAAUAUUUUACCUGCCAAGAAAAAAUAUACUGCAAAAAAAAGAAAAAUGGGUCAACCUUCAUCCUCUGCAGACAGUUCAGAUGACGAAAAUGAUGACUUGCUUUCUGAAGAUUUGUAUCAAGAAAAGAUUUCAUGGAUAAAAUUUAAAGUACCGUCUAAAACGAAUAAAUCUGCAAUAUCAGAAUGUAUGAACAUUACUAUGAAAAAUCGAAGAAAAUGGAUUUUAGAAAAUCUUCCUACAAUAGACGAAAUAUUUGAUCAAUUUCCUCGAUUAGCUGAUUAUUCUGGUCAAAUGAUUGAUGAGGAGUUCGACAGAUUGUACAGCGGAGCUUCUGAUAACUUUUUAACAAAAUCUACAUCUUAUGUUCCUAGAAUUCUUACAUACUGCAACACAGUGAGACAAGAUUUAUAUAGAGUUUCAAAUUUUAUUGAAGAAGAAAAUCUUCGUGCCAUAUUACUUUUAGCACAUUUACUCCCUGUGUCAAAUUCAUUGAGGAAGGGAAAAGGAAAAAAGAAGGGUGUAACUUCAAAGAAAAGUUCUAAUAAAGAAAAUAUGAGGAAAGAGGAUUACGACGAUGUAUAUUCUACUACAUUUCCUAAUUCUUCUUUAAUACAAAUUUGGCCCGAAGGAUGUAGCAUGGAGAACAAAAUAAAGGAAAUGAAAAAAGAGGCACAAGGUCCAAUUCAACCUUAUAUUAUAUUAAUCAAAGGAAAAAGUUUAACUUAUUUUGUUCAGACUGAUAAUGUUACAUUGACUCCAAGUAUCAAUUCGCCAAUCAUAGCACUUGAUUUAUUAUUCAAGGUACAUUAUGUUUUAAAUGUUACAUAUCCUAUAACACUACUAAACUUUUUCAGUUUCUUAGAACAUUAUUGUUUUAAAUGUUCAUCUGAAAAAGCACAUGCUUUUGUAUCUUCUAUUCAUAUUAAUAUUUGUAAUACCACACCAAUAUCAAAUGUGAUAGAUAACACAUCAGAUACAUAAAUUUAUU